UGUCAACCCUUCUCUUUAUAUACAAACACAAAGAGGAAAAAAACCCUUCAAAGCAUGGACAAGGGCAUAGAAAAAGAAGAAGAAGAAGGAGGAGGAGGAGAAGUUUGUGACAUAGGGCUUGGAUUAGGGUUAAGUAAUUACAAGGAGAGUAUUGUUGAGCCUUCCUUAACCCUAGGCCUAUGUGUUGAUGCUUUUGGAUUGGAAAGCAAGGGAAAACAAACUUCAUUGUCUCAAUGGAAGCAUUGUUUUGGUGCCAAGAGGAACACGGAGAUUCAAACCGAUGAGGCGGCCACGGCGAAGGCUUCUUUUGGCCGAGCAAGCGAUGAAGAAGAAGAUGGUGGCGCUAGGAAGAAGCUUAGGCUUACAAAGGAGCAGUCUUCAUUGCUAGAGAAGAGUUUCAAGGAGCAUCCUUCUCUUAAUCCGAAACAAAAGCAAGCAUUGGCUAAGCAUUUGAAUCUACGGCCAAGACAAGUUGAAGUGUGGUUCCAAAAUAGGAGAGCAAGGACUAAAUUCAAGCAAACUGAAGUGGAUUUAGUGUUUUUGAAGAAAUGGUUUGAGACACUUACUGAUGAAAACCUUAAACUUCGAAAGGAGCUUCAAGAGCUAAAGAGAUACAAAUUUCAAUCAUCUGUGAAUACAAAGAUCGCGACGAGUACUCUAUCGAUGUGUCCAAAGUGCCAAAGGAUGACCGGAAACGAUGAUGGUGAUCAUGCCGUUUUACAAUCUUCAAAACCUUUCUUCUUUGAUCACUUCCCUUAUUCUGCAACAUGUUGAGCUAAUAUUACUUUAGCCCAUGCAUGCAUGAUCAUGUAUUGUCAUAUAUAAUCUCAAAAUAAGUUUUGAUUAACAUGUGUACAAAGAACUCAUUAAUAAUACCUUUUAAUUAUAUAUA